CCUCGACGAAAGAGAGUGACUGCCUGCAACGUCUUCAUUCACGGCUAACGUUCCUUUGCUGCUUGUGACUUUGUCUUCUGUGCUCGAUCCGUCUUACAACAACCUCCUGGCAGUGCUCAGAAGAUCUUGACUCGGUUCGCCACCCAUAAUAGCAUCUACAAUGGCGAAUCGACGGGCUGCCGCCGCCAAUCGCAUCCGUGGGCCUCAAUCAGCGCUCACGGACUUCCUCGCCUCCCACAACAUCUCCGCUCAGCAGAUCCACCAAGACUACCAACGCCGUGUAGAAGAGGCAGAACGUCAAGCACAGGCGGCCGCGCAGGGUGCAGACAACGACAAAGAGAACGAGGAUGAAUAUGAAGAUGCCGAGGAUGAUCCAGUCGAGCGGCAGAAAAGAAAGAGAAAGGAAGAAAAGGCCCUACUGAAGAUCAAGCAGAGCAAGGAGUUCAAGCGCCGCAAGCACGAACAAGGCAGUGACUACGAGCAAGAUGCCGAUGAGCUUGCACGUAGCAUGCUUGCCAAAUCAAAGCCUCUUCCAGGCCAGCUCGACAAUUGCGAGAUUUGCGAGAAGAGGUUCACCGUGACACCCUACAGCGGGACUGGCCCUGACGGCGGUCUCCUCUGUACGAAGUGUACCAAAGAGCUGAAGGAUGAAGAGAAAAAGGAGGCCAAAGCUAGAAAAAAGAAAACUGCUGCUCCUCGUGGACGACGCCGACAGACUGAGAGUGACCGAAUGAUGGGUAAUGUCAAGCCUGGUGCGAAAAGCCUCGUGGAAAUCUGUGUUCGGCGUGUCGCCAAUGUCGUUCAUGACAUUGACGAAUUCGGCGAUAUGCCACAAAACCUCCUUGACCGACUGAGUCAGAUUCUCUCCAAGCAGAGAGUAGUUACGCCUCGAGUUUUUGAGCUGUUCCUACGUCAAGAUGUUGACCGGAUCAAUGUUUACGACUGUGGGAAGCUAGAGAAAGAAGACUUUCAGAAGAUGUUUGCCUACAUGCCCAACCUCAAGAUUGUCAAUCUACGAUUUGCUGGCCAAAUGAAGGACGAUGUUGUACUCUACAUGGCUGACAAGUGCAAGAAGAUCCGUCAUCUCCAACUCGGCGCUACCAAUCUGGUCUCUGACAGUGUCUGGGUACAGCUGUUUCGCUCACUUGGGCCUCAACUGGAGAGCUUGAAAUUGUCAGAACUCAAUGAUUCCAUGGGAGAUGACACUGUCAAAGAACUGGUGAAAAAUUGCCAGACACUGAGACGUCUCAAGCUCAGAUCAUGUUCACACAUGAGCCCCGAUUCACUCGAAGCGUUGUGCAAUCUCAGCAAGCUCGAGCACUUGACUCUGGCUGUCGCCCAGGACGCCCCAGCUGAUACGCUGGUCAAGUUAGUCUCGUCCCUCGGUCCCAAUCUUCGAACACUUUGCCUGGAAGACUUCAUCGAGCUCGACGAUACAGUCUUGGACGCGAUAAAGAACCACUGCCACAAAUUGAGCAAACUCCGCAUCCGGGGAAGCAGUCUGUGCUCUGAUGCUGCCUUCGCCGGUCUUUUUGACAACAAUUCCCCCUUCCCACCACUCGUCUACGCCGAUUUUGCCGAAAAUCGGGACAUUGACAACAUGAACCCCGAAGGCCCACAAGAUAAUCCGAUAGGCUUUGGCUCGUUAGCUCUGACGGCUCUGAUGAAUCACUCCGGCUCACGGCUCAAGAGUCUGGAUCUCAAGUCGUGCCGGCACAUUUCUCACAUGGCGUUGUUGGGUGCCUUCGAUGGUCUCAAGAAGUACCCGGCUAUCACAGACAUGGACCUUUCGUUCGUGACGCAGGUGGACGAGGUGGUCUUGGUGGGCAUCUUCAAGAGUUGUCCGGCUCUAGCAAAAUUGGUGGUCUUUGCUUGCUUCAAUGCCAGACGAGCGGUCAUUCCAACUGGUAUUGCUGUCAUUGGCUUGCCGAACGCGCAAGAUAAUAUCGUACGGGAGGGUGAUGUGCAGAUGGAGUUGUAGAUGGAACGACUUGUGCAGUUCUGGCUCAUGAGGUCUUCAAAGGCCAUGUGGAUAAGUCGAGACCUGGAUUAUAUUAUGAGGAGUGGGCAAGCGAGGAUCCCAGUUGCAAUGAUGGAGAUGUCGAUAUGCAUUACAUGAGAAGCAUGCGUUUAAAAGUGUCGUUGCCAUCAAGGUGGCUUUAUCCGGGCUACAGAUACUCUGAAAUACACAUGCC